AUUUAGUUUAGCUUUGGAUCGGCGACAUCCCAAUAAAGGGUGAGGGCCAAGCUGGACGCUUGCUAGGAGCUGCUAGUCACCCGCUUCCAGGGCGAUGGGCAACACCAGCAUCACCGAGGGCAAGACCGCCCUGGCAGUGGGAAGCACUUCCAUUGCCAGGGGGAAGACCACCGUCGCCAUGGGGAACUCCUCCAUCUUCCGCGGCGUGACCACCACCUCCAUGGGAGACUCCACUAUCCAGAGGCAGAAGACCACCGUCGCUCUAGGGCGGGCCAGCUUCAGCCGAGGGACCACCACCACCUCUUUCCGCAAAGCGCUCAUGCCUAAGCGCAGAAACACCUAG